AAGUUUUGAAUACGCGUUGAAGUUUGAACAAUCAACCCCAAAAAAAAGCCCCCUGCUUGCUUCUGCUGCUCUUUCUUGGUAAUUAAGCCUCCGUCAAUCCAUUCAUUGCUCAAUUCUUGAUUGCCUUUUUCUGGGUCUGUUUUUCUCAAGGUAUUCAUCUCACUUGCUCAAAAAAGUUUCCUACUUUCCGCAGCAACAGCCUUAGUGUUGAGUUUUUCUGGGUUUAUUGAUUAAAAAAGCUAGUGUCUUUGAGGUCUUGUUGGGUUGAAUUUGGUGACGUGGGUAUUGAAUUUGGGUUGUUAUAGUUCAUUUUGCUGGCUGAUCAUUGGUCUUGACCUUGAAUCGGGUGUUUAUCUUAAGAAAUGGGUAUUGGAUCAAGUAUGUGAGGACAUUUGAUUGUGCAGGUAGAUUCUUUGUUCUAUAGUUGGGUAAAGAAGGAGGUUUGGAUUGGUUUUUUUUUGGCUUGUGAAGGAGGGUUUUGGAGGGGGAUAUUUAUUGUUUGUAGUUCAAAAUGGGUUUAAUAUGUGGGAAGCCUUCUGCGGUUGAAGAUAGCCGGGAAAGCCCACCAAAAAGAUCGUCUUUGGCUUCGAGUAAGAGACACUCAGGGAUCAAGGUUCCGCGGUUGAAUUCUUCAAAAAGAGAGGUUGUUCGUACUAAAGAUAGAUUGGAUGGUGCUGCUGGGGCCGGUGGUGCUGUGAAAGUUAUGUUGAUUGACAAGGCAAUCAGUGGUUCUGUGCGAUUAUAUGAUGACCAGAAUAAGAGUAAGAAGAUAGAAAAGCCUGAGGUUACUGUUCUUGAUCAUCCGGGUUCAAGAAGAAUUCCAAAUGCUACUGUGGCUGAGCAGGUAGCCGCCGGGUGGCCUGGCUGGCUCUCUGCAGCUGCAGCUGAAGCUAUCAACGGCUGGACACCUCGUCGAGCUGAUACUUUCCAGAAGUUAAAUAAAAUUGGGCAAGGAACUUAUAGUAGCGUCUACAAGGCCCGUGAUGUACUGAAUGAUAAAUUUGUUGCUUUGAAAAAAGUAAGAUUUGAUAAUCUUGACACUGAGAGUGUCAAGUUUAUGGCAAGGGAAAUCCUUUUCUUGCGUAGGCUUGAUCAUCCUAAUGUAAUAAAAUUGGAAGGAUUGAUUACAUCACGGACAUCAAGCAGCUUGUACCUUGUUUUUGAGUAUAUGGAACAUGAUCUUACAGGACUUGCAUCACGACCAGGGAUUAAUUUCUCUGAACCUCAGGUUAAGUGCUACAUGCAGCAACUUCUCAGUGGACUUGAUCACUGUCAUAGUCAUGGUGUUUUGCACCGUGACAUAAAGGGGUCAAAUCUUCUUGUUGACAACAAUGGAAUCUUGAAAAUUGCGGACUUUGGCUUGGCAAGCUUUUAUGAUCCACAUCACAGUGUUGCACUGACAAGCCGUGUGGUAACUCUCUGGUAUCGACCUCCAGAACUUCUACUUGGAGCCUCUAAAUAUGGGGUUGCAGUGGAUUUGUGGAGCACUGGUUGCAUUCUAGGAGAAUUAUAUUCUGGAAAACCAAUCCUGCCAGGAAAAACUGAGGUUGAACAGUUGCAUAAAAUUUUUAAGCUCUGUGGCUCACCAUCUGAGGAUUAUUGGCGUAAAUUACACUUGCGACAUUCAACAGUGAUAAGACCGCCACAACCUUAUAGAAGAUGUGUUGCAGAGACUUUUAAGGACCUUCCUCCUGUUGCUCUGCAGCUUAUGGAAAGUUUACUAUCUGUGGAUCCUGCUGAUCGAGGAACUGCUGCUAUUGCUCUCAGUAGUGAGUACUUUACCACCAAACCUCUGGCUUGUGAGCCUUCAAGUUUGCCUAAGUACCCCCCAAGCAAAGAGAUUGAUGCAAAAUUGAGAGAAGAAGAAGCUAGAAGGCAAGGAGCAAGUGGAGGAAGGGCACAGAAAUCAGACCUAGGAACCAGAGGACCACCCUCAGCAAUUUCUGCAUCAAAUGCUAAUGCUGAGUCAACUACAUCAGUACAGAAAAGACAGGGAUAUUCCAAUCCAAAUAUACGAAGCGAAAUGUUCAAUCCUCAUAGGGAGGAAGCUGUUUCUAGUUUCAUGAUCGAUCCAUCCAAACAGUUGCGAACGGAUAAAGACGCUAGAAAGGAUUUCUCAGAGAACCAUAAUAAGAGGACUUCAGUAUCCGGACCACUCAUCCAUGGACCUGCAUGGGCUAAAUCUGGGAGGGAACGUGGUGAUUCUAAUAGAACCAACUUGUCAAAGUUAUCUGGUUUAGUAUUGGCUAGGACGACUGCUCCCUCUGAAGAUCAAAAAGAGAAACCAGGUACUUCACGGCCUGAAACAGCAAGACAAGUAGGCAGAUUUCAAGGGUCAUUUGAUGGAGAGGAUUUCACCAAAAGGCAGGAUCAGAUGCGUCACCCGCAGAGAAUCACCGGUGGUCAUCAGAUAGAAGAUGAGAAAGCAAAUCUGAAUGGUCGUGGUUCCAAGGGAAACAAAAUAUAUGUCUCUGGCCCGUUACUUGUUUCGUCAAACAAUGUUGAUCAGAUGCUUAAAGAGCAUGAUCGUCGGAUCCAAGAAUAUGCUCGACGGGCACGACUUGACAAGAAUAGGCCUGGUAAGCAAGGGACGACAAAUUCAUCUUCUGCUUCAAGGCAUUAAGCUGUAUGAGCUAUUCCAUCAAUCAUUUCUAUUCAUUUUCCUCAACAAGCGUCGAGCAGGGUCCCUGGAUCCCUUUGACCAUAUAACACAUACACACACGGAGGAGAGAUAGAGAGAGCUAAGCUCCCCUCUAAUAUAGUAUUGUACCCUGUAUAGUAAGUACUAAUGUAAGAGUCCUGCUUCAUCAGAUAAGCCAGUCGCAUACUUGGUAAGAAGAAAUAUCAGAAUGACCAAUUUUGGUGCUGUUGUACCCAGUCGCAUACUUGUGCCAGCUUUACCCUUUAUUAGAAAGAAAAAAGAGCUUCCAUAGAUUGAUAAUUCCAAAUUGUACAUAUAGUUAUCUGUUAGUCAAACUGGUACCUUUGUCUAUUCUUUGGUAUUUUUGGGAACCAAGUAUGGGAUGACCCUGCUGUGAGACUUGCCGAUGGUAAAAUAAAAUUUUGCAUUAUGGGACA